AUGCCCGGGAGCCUCCUCGCCGCAACGCUGCGGGCGGCGCUCGCCGCGUGCUUCCUGGUGGCCAGGCACGCGGCGGGCGGCCCAGCCCCUGACAGGCUCGUCGUGCUGAACGCUGCCGCGGAGGAGCUGGGCCUCGAGUGGCUGCGGGCGGGGCCGGGCGACGAGGGCGAUGCGGUCGACCUCGGCAACAUACCGGCCGGCUCCGCCGGCGAGCCCUCGGCGCACACGCUGGACACCGCCGCGGGGCAUGCGUUCCGCGUCGGGGGCUCUGGCGGGCCCAUGGCCGUGCACCUCGGGGACCUGAACGUCCUGGCGGUGGGCCGCGGGGCCUCGGGCGGGCUGGAUGUGGAGCUGCUCGGGCCGCAGCAGCUCGAGCCAGUGGCCGCUGGCACCCGCGGCGCGAGGUCGCCGCGGCUGGGGGUCUCCCUGGCGAGCGUGCUGGACAAGCUGUCGGAACGCUGGCCGCCCCAGGGCGCGGGCCCCCCCCCAGCGGUGGCGCGCGGGGGCGGCGCGUUGCCCGACGAGGCGCUGGUCGUGGUUGUCCCAGCGGGCGCUGGGCGGCUGGAGCUGCGCCGGCUGCCGCCUGGCCUGCCGAGCGAGGGCGCCUCAGGCGGGGAGCUUUGGGACAGCUCCUCGCUGGUGGCGGCCCUCGAGGCCGCGGCUGGCGAGGCGGCCGCCACGGCCGUCGUGAGCGCUCGCAAGGGCGAGGUGUUCUACCUGGCCUCCGGAGCCUCCUCCGCGUCCCAGACCUUCCUGUACCCGGGCGAGCUCGCGCUGGUGGCGGCGGCCUGGGCCGGCGGGCGCCUGGAGGCGGAGCUCCUCGGCGAGGACGACCUCAAGAUCUUCCUGAGCGACGUGGCCGCUCGGUGCGCGGAGGACGAGGGCGUGCCGAGGGGCCCAGAGGCCCAGGCGGCCGCCUGGCAGGGCUACGAGUGCCUCCGGGACCGCGCGCGCCUCCCGAGGACCGGUGUGCUGCUGCCCGAACACGAGGGCCGGGCGCUGCUCGGGAAGCUGUGGAGCAGCUGGGACCACUGGCUGCUGUGCAGCUACCAGCGCGCCUCGGAGCCGCUGCGCUCCAUAGACAUCAACGUCACCAGCUUCGAGGGCGGGGGCCCGGAAGUCCUGCGUGCGCAGGUACUCCGGGAGGACCCACUGGUCCUCGCGGUGCGCGACUUCGUGGGCGCGGGAGUGUGCGGCGAGCUGUCGGCGGAGGCGGGUACCAACCAACUAGAGCAGGCGACGGUGGGCGGCAGCGGCAGCACACAGCUCUCGCGCUCCCGGCGGACCCUCACAGCGAAUUUGUGGCCGGACCUGGAGGACCCUGACAGCGCCCUCACGCGGGUGGCCCUGCGCUUCUUCGAGUUCGCCCGGGCGGCCGUGGGGCUCGCGGCGGGGGCGGAGGGGCAGGAGCCAGUCAAUUGGCUGUUCUACAAGCCCGGGUAUGAGUACCGCCCCCACUGCGACGGCCCUUGCGGCACCCGGCACGUCAAGACGGGCAAGCGGGUCGCUUCGUCCCUCCUGUAUUGUGCUGCCGCGGACGAGGGCGGCGGCACCGUCUUCCCGCGCGACCGCCUGAAGUUCGAGCCCUCGCCGGGGUCCUUCCUCCUCUUCUCGUACAACCCGGACCCCAGGUCGCUGUCCACGCACGCGGCGUGCCCCGUGCUCCGGGGCCAGAAGACGACGGCGACCCAGUGGUACCGCGAGGGCGUCAGCGCGGAGGUGAACUGGGACGUGCACGAGAACUGGGGCUCCUUCCCCAGGCCCAAGUCCAGGAAGAGGGCGGGCACGACGCGCAAGGAGCUCUGA